UCCGGCCUUGCCGCAGCUCGGGGGCCUUCUCCUUGUGCUCGUCGAGCGGCGCGGGGGCAGCGGAGGCGAGAGCGGCCCGGCGGGGCGGCGUCGAUGCGCGCGGGGCCUCCUCGCUCCUCUCGCGGGCCCCGCUAGCGAAAGGGGCGGGGAGCGGGGCGGGGAGGUGCGGCCGCCGGCGCGGCCUCUUGCUCGGUCGGGAUGGGUCGCUCCCGCAGCCGGAGCUCGUCCCGCUCCAAGCACACCAAGAGCUCCAAGCACAACAAGAAGAACCGGAGCCGCUCGCGGUCCCGCUCGCGGGAGAAGGAGCGCGCGCGGAAGCGCUCCAAGUCGCGGGAGAGCAAACGGACCCGGCGGCGCGAGUCGCGCUCCCGUUCCCGCUCCAACACGGCCCCCUCGUCCCGCCGCGAUCGGGAGCGCGAGCGCGAACGCGCCUCCUCCCCGCCCGACCGCAUCGACAUCUUCGGGCGCACUGUGAGCAAGCGCAGCAGCCUCGACGAGAAGCAGAAGCGCGAGGAGGAGGAGAAGAAGGCCGAGUUCGAGCGGCAGCGGAAAAUUCGCCAACAAGAAAUUGAAGAGAAGCUCAUAGAGGAAGAAACUGCUCGAAGAGUAGAAGAGCUCGUGGCCAAGCGCGUAGAAGAAGAACUGGAGAAACGGAAGGAUGAGAUUGAGCGAGAGGUUCUGCGCAGGGUGGAGGAGGCUAAACGCAUCAUGGAAAAACAGUUGCUCGAAGAACUCGAGCGACAGCGACAAGCUGAACUUGCAGCACAAAAAGCCAGAGAGGAAGAAGAGCGUGCAAAGCGUGAGGAACUAGAGCGAAUACUAGAAGAGAAUAAUCGGAAAAUUGCAGAAGCACAAGCUAAACUGGCUGAAGAACAAUUGAAAAUUGUUGAAGAACAAAGAAAGAUUCAUGAGGAGAGGAUGAAACUAGAACAAGAGAGACAACGUCAGCAAAAGGAAGAGCAAAAAAAGAUCCUGGGCAAAGGAAAGUCUAGGCCAAAACUGUCCUUCACACUAAAGAGCCAGGAUUAAAUUGUAACUCUGAACUCUUAAAAGAAACAGGAAAAAAAAAAAAAAAA